AUGGGGGUCCGGCACCGCGGGAGCCUGGAGUCGGGAAGGGGAGCCACUCCCCUCCCCUUUGAUAACCACCAGUCUGUCCUCUGUAUCUGUACAGUCAUCGUCUUUGCGGCCUCACCUCCGUCCCCUGCCCGGACCUCUGUGCCCAGCGCGCCGGCAGAACACCUCAGUGCUGUCCGUAACGUCAGCUCCGCCAAGCCCAGAGGAGACGGCGUCUUCCUUCUGCUUGGGCUCUCAGCAGCGCUGAUAGGAUCGGUCGCUCUCCUUGAAGCAUCCUCUGCCGACUUCACUGGCGUCUUCUCAGUCUCUGCCAGAUUCGUCUGCCUCUUUCCACCUGCUGAAACGAGAACUCCAGGGUUCAGUCCUCGGCACACCCUGAAUGGACUCCCUACCUCCACCAACCUCGCCCGCCCUGUGGACCUGCGGACACAGAAUGACGUCCCUCUUUCCCUAGACGGCGCACUUCCGGCGUCGUGUAGUCGCACUUCCGGUGUCGUGUCGGGCGGCGUGCGAAGAGGCGGCGGGGCAGGCGCACGCAGGCGCCAUGUUCCUGACCGCGCUGCUCCGGCGCAGCCGCAUCCCCGGCAGGCAGUGGACCGGGAAGCACCGGCGGCCGCGGCCCGUGUCCGACUAGGCGAAGCGAAACAUGGUCCGCCGCCUGGAGACCGAGGCGGAGAACCACUACUGGCUGAGCCGGCCCUACCUCACGGCAGAGCAGGAGUACGGCCACGCCGCGGCCCGCAGGGCGGCCGCUUUCGAGGCCAUCAAGGCGGCGCAGGCGGCCCGGUUCCCGGCGCACAGAUCCGUGGAGGCCCAGCUCGCCCACCUCGACGUCACCAAGAAGUGGUCCUGAUCGCGAGCCACCGCAGCCGGCCGAGGGACGCCUGGGAGCCCGCGGGCGGCCUGUGGAGCCGCCGGCGCCGCGAGCGGACUGUCUGCGGACGGGGGUCCGGGACUCCGCGCUCCCCGCCGCCCCGAGGCUCGUCUCGGUCGUGUCGGUUUCACUUCUCUCCCCGAUACGAGGAAAGCAGGAGGGCCCUGGUCACGGAGGGUGCACGGGUCUGCAGUAAAGCCACAGGCUGUGUUCCGGCUCCUGUGCUUCCGUGGGAGGUGCUCGCUGGGGCUUUGUGGUGCAACGUUAGUUCGUUUACCUUCUGUCAGAAAUAGUUGCCUGAACGUAAAUGAAGAAGUGUGCUUUUUCAAUUAAACAUACUCUUGAAAACUG